GCUGGGUGCCGGGAGGGACGCGCGGAGAUGACGCAAGCAGCACCGGAAGCCGCUCCCCUGUGAGGCUGCAGCCCAGAGCCGCGGCCGCAGGUCCAGGCGCCAUGGCUGCGGAGCGGACCCGGCCGCUGCGACGCUCUGGCGGCCCGAGCGCGCCUAGUCGGUGUGAGCCCGGCGCGAGGUCCCGGGCCCCGGGGCGCUCGCUCAGGUAAAUAUUUCCAUAACCUUAUGGAGAGAAAGGACUUUGAGACAUGGCUUGAUAACAUUUCUGUUACAUUUCUUUCUCUGACGGACUUGCAGAAAAAUGAAACUCUGGACCACCUGAUUAGUCUGAGUGGGGCAGUCCAGCUCAGGCACCUCUCCAAUAACCUGGAGACUCUCCUCAAGCGGGACUUCCUCAAACUCCUUCCCCUGGAGCUCAGUUUUUAUUUGUUAAAAUGGCUCGAUCCUCAAACUUUACUCACAUGCUGCCUGGUCUCUAAGCAGUGGAAUAAGGUGAUAAGUGCCUGCACAGAGGUGUGGCAGACUGCCUGUAAAAAUUUGGGCUGGCAGAUAGAUGAUUCUGUUCAGGACGCACUGCACUGGAAGAAGGUUUACUUGAAGGCUAUCUUGAGGAUGAAGCAGCUGGAGGACCACGAAGCCUUUGAGACCUCAUCACUAAUUGGACAUAGUGCCAGAGUGUAUGCACUUUACUACAGAGACGGACUUCUCUGCACAGGGUCAGAUGACUUGUCUGCAAAGCUGUGGGAUGUAAGCACAGGGCAGUGUGUUUACGGCAUCCAGACCCACACCUGUGCAGCUGUGAAGUUCGAUGAACAGAAGCUUGUGACAGGCUCCUUUGACAACACCGUGGCCUGCUGGGAAUGGAGUUCUGGAGCCAGGACACAGCAUUUCCGGGGGCACACGGGGGCGGUGUUCAGUGUGGACUACAGUGAUGAACUGGAUAUUUUGGUGAGUGGCUCUGCGGACUUCGCUGUGAAAGUAUGGGCUUUAUCUGCUGGGACAUGCCUGAACACACUCACUGGGCAUACUGAAUGGGUCACCAAGGUGGUUUUGCAGAAGUGCAAAGUCAAGUCUCUCUUGCACAGCCCUGGAGACUACAUCCUCUUAAGUGCGGAUAAAUAUGAGAUCAAGAUUUGGCCAAUUGGGAGAGAAAUCAACUGUAAAUGCUUGAAGACUUUGUCUGUUUCUGAAGAUAGAAGUAUCUGCCUGCAGCCAAGACUUCAUUUUGAUGGGAAAUACAUUGUCUGUAGUUCAGCCCUUGGUCUGUACCAGUGGGACUUUGCCAGUUACGACAUUCUCAGGGUCAUCAAGACACCUGAGGUAGCAAACUUGGCCUUGCUUGGCUUUGGAGAUGUCUUUGCCCUGCUGUUUGACAACCACUACCUGUACAUUAUGGACUUGAGGACAGAGAGUCUAAUUAGCCGCUGGCCUCUGCCAGAGUACAGGAAAUCAAAGAGAGGCUCCAGCUUCCUGGCGGGUGAAGCAUCCUGGCUCAAUGGACUGGAUGGGCACAAUGACACAGGCUUAGUCUUCGCCACGAGCAUGCCUGACCACAGUAUUCACCUGGUCUUGUGGAAGGAGCAUGGCUGACGCCGACAGCUGCCACCACUGACUGACUUUGGGUGCCAGGGCUGCGGGUUUGGGUGCAACGUCUGUGGCAGCCAACUGCAUGAACCAAAGUUCUCACCUAAAGGUAUCAUCACGCAGUGCACAAUCAUUUAUCUGUUUGCCAGGGGCCAGGGCUGGGGCGGGAGGGCUUGUUUUACUGACUUACACCGCAGCAUGCUACUGAGGUACACCAGUGACUUACUUCAUUUGUACUUAGUUACGUUGGUCAGAAUGAGAUUGCAUUUUUGGAUUCUUUCUAAGUGGAAUAUUGAGUAAAGAAAGUUAAAUGAUUCAUUAAUCUGCUAAAUGGUUGCCUAUAAAAUCACAUGGAGUCUGUUAUUAAAGCUUUGUUUGAAUUUCAA